GCCCCGCCUUAGUCGCGGGCGCGGCCUUGGCCGCAGCAGACGCGCCGAGCCGGCCGGAGUAGGCAGCAGGCGGCGCGGUCAGCUGCGCCCGGUCCACCCCGCGCCCGCCGCCCAGCCACGAUGUUCCGGAUGCUGAGCAGCAGCUUCGAGGACGACCCCUUCUUCGCUGAUUCCUUUCUUGCACACCGAGAAAGUAUGCGCCACAUGAUGAGAAGUUUCUCUGAGCCUUUUGGAAGAAACUUCUUCAGUAUCUCUGAUGGUAGAGGAAGAACACAUAAUCAUAGAGAACGUGAUGAAGAUACCUUAACUCAUGCAGAUGUCAGCCCUUUUCAGUCAAUGGAUCGGAUGAUGUUAAAUAUGCGAAAUGGUAUUCAGGAGUUACAAAGAAACUUUGGUCAACUUUCAAUGGAUCCAAAUGGGCAUUCGUUUUGUUCUUCCUCUGUUAUGACCUAUUCCAAAGUAGGAGAUGAACCACCGAAGGUUUUCCAGGCCUCAACUCAAACCCGUAGAGCGCCUGGAGGAAUAAAAGAAACCAGAAGAGCAGUGAGAGAUUCUGACAGUGGUCUAGAGAAAAUGGCUGUUGGUCAUCAUAUCCAUGACCGAGCUCAUGUCAUUAAAAAGUCUAAGAACAACAAGACUGGAGAUGAAGAGGUCAAUCAGGAGUUCAUCAAUAUGAAUGAAAGUGAUGCUCAUGCUUUUGAUGAUGAGUGGCAAAAUGAAAUUUUGAAGUACAAGCCUAGUGGACGACCACACAACCUAGAAAACCCUAGAAUGCGAAGUAUGGGUUAUGAGAAUGCAGCACCACGAGAACUCAAAAGGAGAGAGAAAAUUCAUCGAAGUCCAGCCAUUGAGAAUGGAAGAAGAUCAAACAUUUUUUCGGACAAACUCAAUAUCAAAGGAUCACCUGUGAAAAUCACCAAAAAAUAAAUAGCCGUGCAGUUCAUUUGUUUAGUUGGUUGUUUUAACAAAGAAAGUCAUGGUGCUAGGUAAUAUAAAAAAGACCAAUCUGUUGUUAAAUUGAUACUGUACUUUGCAACUUUCUUCUGAAUCUGAAUGUUCUUUUAAGUUUUAGCUUUACAUUGAUCAUACUUUAGGAAUAAAGUUUUGAUGUUUAACAAUGUGAUUAAAUUGGUAAACAUUCUAUAUAAAACUCUUAUGCUGA